AGGCGCGCCCCACCCGACCUGGACCCUCAGGAGCUCCCAAGAGGCCGGGGGCGUCUCCAGGUCUGCCGGCCUGGUGCCCCAUACGUGCUUGGAGCCAUGCCCCCGCGUGCCUCACUCUGCAUUGAGGUUGUGGCUGUGCUUUGUACCCUCUCCCAUUGUGAGUCUCCUCCCACACUCUGGACCUGUACUGGCUGCCUGAGGGAACCUCCCCACACCCCUAAGUGCCAACCCAGCCAGUCCUGUGGAAGAUGGGAUGGAAAGCUGUGGUCCAAGAUGGUGCCUCUGAGAGGGAGAGAACCCCGUGUCUCCUGGAGUGAGAGGCCCAAGGAAGGAUCUGGGGUCAGGACUCCUGCAGGUUCCUCAUCCUCCUUGUUUCCAGGGCAGGUUUUUCCUCCUCUAGGAAGCCUUCUCUGGUUGCUCCUGAGUCCUUCCAGCUUGGACUUCCCUGGGGUUGUAACUGCUGGGAUCCCAAGCAGCCCCCAUCCAUAUGCCUUCUUUCCUGCCACUCACCUGUGAACCUGUGUGGUUAGAAGUCUUGAUCUCAGCCUGGAUGCUGUGUGGAGGGGUGUGGUGGCUGGACCAGUCAGUAUCUACCUGGGUCUCUGGAGUAUGGUAAUGUCUAUGGUAAUAUCAGCUUUCAGGCUUAAACCUUACUUCCACCUCCAUUAUCCUUCUGGAAUCUCUCAGCCACUUUGUGAGAAUGCAGGACCGGUGGGCAAGUUGCUUAUCCAUUUCACAGAGGAGGAUUUUGUGGCAGAGAUGGAGGUAGUUUUCUAAGUCUUAGGACAGCCCUUUUCCACUGCGAGGGUAUCCGCUGACCCUGGUCUUUGGUGAGGCAUGGAGGGCACCCAGGCCUUCUUUAUUGACCUGGCAGGCGGGCUCCUGCUGCGUGUGGCGCGUUUACUGGGCUGGCGGCUGUUCUCAGCUGGAGGCAGUUGAACAAAAGCUCCUGACCUGUGGGACCUUUUGACCCUAGCUUGGUUAAAUAUGUGCUUCCUGGAUUUGGGGCCAGAGGCUGUCAGUGCUUUGCUCGAUGGUUUGGAAGCCUGGCUCCUGUCAUCCUCUGCACAGCUCUGGGAGUUCACUACCAUCCCAGGGAUCCGAAUGACUCCCGCCCAGCCUGGCACUCUAUGCUGGGUCCUGGCAUUGUCCUUGUGUUUGGGCCCCAAAAGCCUUCCUACCCUCUCCAUCCUAGAGCCCCUCUGUGGGCCAAAGAUGCCCCGUGGAGAUCUAAAUGUGCACUGGGGGAAUUGGAGGGGACUCUGGUGGCUAUUGUGGUCACUUCCUCACCAGGUGGCCCACCUGAAGAACAGGAGGUCAGAGCUGUCAGCCCCAGGCAGGCUUCUGUGACUUCCCUCAGUCCUGCUGGCAGCCUGGAGUCAUCCCCAGGGCCUUCGGGCUCCUCUUCCUCUUCACCUGUGGCUCCCUAAGCUCCAGACUUUUGCCUCCUGAGUGUUGACCAAAGCUCUGGUUGACAUCCAGGUGGCUGGAGCAUGCCUCCGGCACCCACAGGCCCUGAGGCUCCAGUGCCCACAGGCAGAGAGGGCGACUGAGUCCAGCCCAGGCUGAGCCCUGCCCAGCUGUACUCCCCAGACACCCACCCAACCCGAGGUGUCCCACCGAGGAGGCCCUGAUCUUGAGCCCGGAGCCCUGAGCCCUGAGACGAUGCUUGAGGAUCUUAUGACCAUGACCUGGCUACCUUGAGUCUGUGGGGCUACACAGCCUUCAGCCUGCAUCUCCAGGGCUCUGACUCUAUCCAGCUCCUGGACCAGCUCCCAAGUCUACUCCUGACCCCAGCCUGGGCCAAGGGGACUUCUCAAGCUUUGGGACCCAGCAGGACACAGCAGCAGUCAGGUGCAUGCUGGGACCGCGACGGACAGGCUGCCGCACCCCAGGCCCCCAGAGGCCAGUCUGUUUGCCUCCCAACGCCAUCUGACCCAGGUGAGCAAGAGGAUGCUGGCGGGGGGCGUGAGGAGCAUGCCCAGCCCCCUCCUGGCCUGCUGGCAGCCCAUCCUCCUGCUGGUGCUGGGCUCAGUGCUGUCAGGCUCGGCCACGGGCUGCCCGCCCCGCUGCGAGUGCUCCGCCCAGGACCGCGCUGUGCUGUGCCACCGCAAGCGCUUUGUGGCAGUCCCCGAGGGCAUCCCCACCGAGACGCGCCUGCUGGACCUAGGCAAGAACCGCAUCAAAACGCUCAACCAGGACGAGUUCGCCAGCUUCCCGCACCUGGAGGAGCUGGAGCUCAACGAGAACAUCGUGAGCGCCGUGGAGCCCGGCGCCUUCAACAACCUCUUCAACCUCCGGACGCUGGGUCUCCGCAGCAACCGCCUGAAGCUCAUCCCGCUAGGCGUCUUCACUGGCCUCAGCAACCUGACCAAGCUGGACAUCAGCGAGAACAAGAUCGUUAUCCUGCUGGACUACAUGUUUCAGGACCUGUACAACCUCAAGUCACUGGAGGUUGGCGACAAUGACCUCGUCUACAUCUCUCACCGCGCCUUCAGCGGCCUCAACAGCCUGGAGCAGCUGACGCUGGAGAAAUGCAACCUGACCUCCAUCCCCACCGAGGCGCUGUCCCACCUGCACGGCCUCAUCGUCCUGAGGCUCCGGCACCUCAACAUCAAUGCCAUCCGGGACUACUCCUUCAAGAGGCUGUACCGACUCAAGGUCUUGGAGAUCUCCCACUGGCCCUACUUGGACACCAUGACACCCAACUGCCUCUACGGCCUCAACCUGACGUCCCUGUCCAUCACACACUGCAAUCUGACCGCUGUGCCCUACCUGGCCGUCCGCCACCUAGUCUAUCUCCGCUUCCUGAACCUCUCCUACAACCCCAUCAGCACCAUUGAGGGCUCCAUGUUGCAUGAGCUGCUCCGGCUGCAGGAGAUCCAGCUGGUGGGCGGGCAGCUAGCCGUGGUGGAGCCCUAUGCCUUCCGCGGCCUCAACUACCUGCGCGUGCUCAAUGUCUCUGGCAACCAGCUGACCACACUGGAGGAAUCAGUCUUCCACUCGGUGGGCAACCUGGAGACACUCAUCCUGGACUCCAACCCGCUGGCCUGCGACUGUCGGCUCCUGUGGGUGUUCCGGCGCCGCUGGCGGCUCAACUUCAACCGGCAGCAGCCCACGUGCGCCACGCCGGAGUUUGUCCAGGGCAAGGAGUUCAAGGACUUCCCUGAUGUGCUACUGCCCAACUACUUCACCUGCCGCCGCGCCCGCAUCCGGGACCGCAAGGCCCAGCAGGUGUUUGUGGACGAGGGCCACACGGUGCAGUUUGUGUGCCGGGCCGAUGGCGACCCGCCGCCCGCCAUCCUCUGGCUCUCACCCCGAAAGCACCUGGUCUCAGCCAAGAGCAAUGGGCGGCUCACAGUCUUCCCUGAUGGCACGCUGGAGGUGCGCUACGCCCAGGUACAGGACAACGGCACGUACCUGUGCAUCGCGGCCAACGCGGGCGGCAACGACUCCAUGCCCGCCCACCUGCAUGUGCGCAGCUACUCGCCCGACUGGCCCCAUCAGCCCAACAAGACCUUCGCUUUCAUCUCCAACCAGCCGGGCGAGGGAGAGGCCAACAGCACCCGCGCCACUGUGCCUUUCCCCUUCGACAUCAAGACCCUCAUCAUCGCCACCACCAUGGGCUUCAUCUCUUUCCUGGGCGUCGUCCUCUUCUGCCUGGUGCUGCUGUUUCUCUGGAGCCGGGGCAAGGGCAACACAAAGCACAACAUUGAGAUCGAGUAUGUGCCCCGAAAGUCGGACGCAGGCAUCAGCUCCGCCGACGCGCCCCGCAAGUUCAACAUGAAGAUGAUAUGAGGCCGGGGCGGGGGGCAGGGACCCCCGGGCGGCCGGGCAGGGGAAGGGGCCUGGCCGCCACCUGCUCACUCUCCAGUCCUUCCCACCUCCUCCCUACCCUUCUACACACGUUCUCUUUCUCCCUCCCGCCUCCGUCCCCUGCUGCCCCCCGCCAGCCCUCACCACCUGCCCUCCUUCUACCAGGACCUCAGAAGCCCAGACCUGGGGACCCCACCUACACAGGGGCAUUGACAGACUGGAGUUGAAAGCCGACGAACCGACACGCGGCAGAGUCAAUAAUUCAAUAAAAAAGUUACGAACUUUCUCUGUAACUUGGGUUUCAAUAAUUAUGGAUUUUUAUGAAAACUUGAAAUAAUAAAAAGAGAAAAAAACUAUUUCCUAUAGCUAGUCGGAAUGCAAACUUUUGACGUCCUGAUUGCUCCAGGGCCCUCUUCCAACUCAGUUUCUUGUUUUUCUCUUCCUCCUCCUCCUUUUCUUCCUCCUUUCUCUUCUCUUCCCCAGUGGGGAGGGAUCACUCAGGAAAACAGGAAAGGAGGUUCCAGCCCCACCCACCUGCCCACCCCGCCCCAGGCACCAUCAGGAGCAGGCUAGGGGGCAGGCCUGGGCCCAGCUCCGGGCUGGCUUUUUGCAGGGCGCAGGUGGAGGGGACAGGUCUGCCGAUGGGGGUGGGAGCCUGUCUGCUGGGCUGCCAGGCGGCACUACUGCAAGGGGUGGGAGCCUGGCUCGGGUGUGGCUGAGACUCUGGACAGGGGCUGGGGUCCUCCUGGGGGACAGCACAGUCAGUGGAGAGAGCCAGGGGCUGGAGGUGGGGCCCACCCCAGCCUCUGGUCCCAGCUCUGCUGCUCACUUGCUGUGUGGCCUCAAGCAGGUCACUGGCCUCUCUGGGCCUCAGUCUCCACAUCUGUACAAAUGGGAACAUUACCCCCUGCCCUGCCUACCUCACAGGGCUGUUGUGAGGAAUUGAUGAGAUGAUGUAUGUGAAACACUUUGUAACCUGUAAAGCGCUGUGCACACGUGUGGGUGACUGUU